AUGUUCUAACAUCAUUUACCAUUUGUCAAAUUCUCUACCACACAUGUAUUAGCUAGUCAGCUUCCACAGCUGAGAAUGACAUCUGUACUCUUGUCUUGAAUCUCUCAAGUAAAUAAUUAAUUCAACAACAGAAAUCCCCGCCAUGGAUGGAACACAUCCUUCUAAUUAUAAGUCUUUGUCUCUUUCGUUAUUUAAUCAAACCUCAUAUAAAAUUCACACACGAUCAAAAUCCCAGAAAAACCCAUUUCUUCUUCUUCUUCGAUGAUCUAUGGAUACUUCUUUAGGUCCACCACCACCUUCUGGUUCAUUCCUCUCUCCAUUACUAAUCUCUCUAGCAAUUCUAGUUGGUGCUUGUCUUUUAUUACUAACGUACCAUUUCUUGUUCGUUAAAUAUUGUUUAAGAAGAGAAACAAGGUUGGCUAAUUCUAUUUCUACAGCGAUUCAAGCAGGUGAAAUGAGUUUAGGAGUUGAAGAAAAUGUUCUUAAAUCUAUUCCAAUUCUUCUCCACUCAAAUAACAAAAAUAACCAUAAUAAUUUUAGAGUUGAUCAAAACGAGUGUGUCAUUUGCUUAGGUGAAUUACAAGAAGGUGAAAAAGUACGUUUAUUACCUAAUUGUCGACAUGUUUUUCAUGUCCCAUGCAUUGAUUAUUGGUUCUUGUCUCAUACAAAUUGUCCAAUUUGUAGAGCACCAAUUAUUCCACCUUCACCACCUAUGAAAGAUUCCAUUAACAGUAGAAGAGAAAUAACUCAAAAUUUAACUCAAUCUCAUGAACAUGGAGAUGAAGAUGAUGGUGGCUGCAGUGGCCGAAAUGAUGGUGGCAGUUACGACAGUGGUGGUAGUAAUGGUGUUAACGUUUCUAGUUCAGAGCAAGCGUUGGUUAGGCAUAGUUUGUCACUAGUUUUGCCUAUGGAAGUUAAAAAGCAGCGUUUCUUGGCUUUGAAGAGGUCUUUAUCAAUGGAUCAAAGUUUCAUUAUUAUUAAUAUUGAACGAGAAAGAGAAAAAGGUUCCUCUGCUUCUUCUUCUUCUUCUUCUUCUUUGAAAGGUAUUCUUAUGGAAAAUAGAUCAUAUAGAGCAACAUCUGCGAGGCAGAUAGACGGUGUGUCUUCAAGGUUAUUGAGAUCUUUCUCUUUAAUGAGGGUUGGCCAAACUUCUUUGGCUACUGAAAUUCUUCCUUGCUAAUCAAUAAUAGCCAUCCUAAUAUUUCUUUUAUGUCUAGCAGUUUAUAGUUAGUUUAUUUUGUGGUAAGUUAUUGACAAUAAGUUGAUAUAAAUUGUCCUAAUUUCAUA